CGUCAAUGAAAAUGGUGUAGUUAUUACAGGCUUGGAAAAGAAAGCCCAGAGUUAACGAGAAAGAUGCGGUUCGUCGGUUACAUAGCGCAAUGGAGAAGCGCGGCGAAGGAAGCUUUGGAUCGCACCUCCAUCGCUGUCAAAUUCCUCUGCUGGCUUCACCUCACCAGCAACUACCUCUGUUCCCCAUGUCACGCGUACGGGGUCAGCAUGCUCCCCACGCUCAACGUCGCCGGCGACGUCCUUCUCGCCGACCACCUCUCGCCGCGGAUCGGGAACAUCGGCCACGGCGACUUGCUUGUGGUGCGGUCCCCUCUGAACCCUAAAAUUAGGUUGACGAAGCGCGUCGUCGCCAUGGAAGGGGACACCGUCACUUACUUCGACCCUAAGCACUCCGAGGAAGCUCAAGUUGCAGUGGUGCCUAAGGGGCAUGUUUGGAUUCAAGGGGAUAACAUUUAUGCUUCCCGUGAUUCACGGCAUUUUGGUCCUGUUCCAUAUGGUCUUAUACAAGGAAAAGUGUUUUUCCGGGUGUGGCCACCCGAUAGCUUUGGACUACUUGGUCAAUGAAGAAAUUUAAAGAAGAUGUUGGAAUGCUUAAAUUCUACCUUUCUCCUCAUGAUAUUGAAAAGCAGUUAUAGCAUGUAAAUAAGAUGUGUAUUGGUGUGGGUUAUGAGGGCUAACAAUACUUAACCUUCUCUUGGGAAGAGAAGGUUUAGUUUACAAGCUAGAUCCAACUGUGUACUUGCUGAGUAAUUGGAAUAUGGAAAUAUCUUUUAUUUAGGGAGGAAAAAGAUUAAUAAGUUGUGGUGGAGUUGCAAGGAUUAAUAGGACAGAGAAUGAUUGCUCGUCCUCAAAGAAAUUGCAGUCAGAUAAAAAAAAAAAAUAUUCUUAAUUUGUGCUAGUUUUUAUAGUGAGAAAUCAUCGAGUAAAGAAAUAGUGAUUGGCAGGGAUCAAGACGAGGAAUAUGGAUUGUGAACUUUCACUUGUGUGUGAGCCCACUGGUAAUUGGACCUCACCUUGAUGAGGUUGAGUGGGUUUGAUGAAUAAUCAAGUAUGUUAAUGAUUGUUUAAUAAUAAGUAUGUAUAUUACUAAACAUGAAAUCUGAUUAUCAAAUCACAGUUGAUUGCAAUUCAGUGGAAUAGGGUUGUCAAAUGUCAAUAGAUUUUGUACUUUUUAGGAUACUUCAAUUUGCUAAACCUGUUGUAAAGGUGUGAUAAUCAUGCCACUUUUUAGAUAACUUUUUUCUUAUCUGCGUCCCAUGCAUAAAGAAUUUGAAUAUCCUUCAAUGGUAACGUGAUCUUGGCACUAAUAUCAUGUCCAAGUUCUAAUUAUUGUUUUCUUUAGUGGAAGUGUGGAACCUACACUGCAUAAUGCAAUGAUUCCCUUACAUAAAUGGGAAUUGCUAUAGUUUCCUGUGUUCUUAUCUACUUAUGUGUUAGAACUUGGAAAUUGACAUCUUUCAUUUGCAAAUUUAUUGAACAGUGGGUGUGGUCAGUCAUCAUGUGAAAUGAACCUAAUUAUACUUGCUUGGAGCUUCAAUGAUUUACAUGAAUGUGGCUGUUUGCAAGAGAAAAAACUGAGGAGCUUGCUCCCUUUUGGCAAGAUCAGGCACAUGUUUUGGAGUCUGUUUGAGUACUGUGUAGUGUGUGUAUUGCCGGUGAAAGUAUUAGAAUGCAAACUAAAAUGCAGAACAAUUGGUUAGGAAUCGUGCAUUUUACUCACCAUUUUCUUUUUAAAUUAUAUGCUGGGUAGGCUUUCUUUAUUUUUCCUUUACCCAAUGCCAAUUUUUAUACCCUGAACAUAAUAGACUUGAGAUUCAAAGUAUUCAACUGUUUUGCCUUUCAUUAUGAUUAUUUCAUUUGUUAUGUUUUGAUUGAA